AUGGAGGAGGGGAGCAGCGAGUCCGGCCAGGACGGCGGGGCCCUGUCCGCGGCGUCGGUGGGGACGGAGGCGGUGGCGGCGGCGGCGGUUGUCAGGAAGACGGUGAAGAUGUCCGAGACCCGCGACUUCAUCCCCUGCGCCAGCGAGGGUACGUGCCUGCGGGAUUAUUCCAGAUCCUCGGGGUCGUCGGCGGCGGCGGCGGCCCAGCCGGACGUCGCCAGCUGUACCGGCUCGUCGGAGGCCGCCCCGCGCGACGACGCGGACGCGGACGCGGAGAUCCACCACACGCCCGACUACGCCCGGAGGGCCCCCGCGGCCCGCCUCAGGAUCGCGCCGCUCGAACUCUUCUCCGCGGCCCCGUCGCCGCCGGCGGCGCCCCGUCCUCCCGCCAAAGCCGCGGACGCCGAAGACGCCGCCGACGACGGUGCCGCCGCGCCGGAGGCCGGUGCGGGCGGAGGGGCGCAGGAGGGCGCCAUGGGCUGCCAGAUCGCGCGCACCGACAAGGGCAAUGGCGACUGCUGUGGCCAGCUGAGGCAGGAGUACGACUCGCUCCUGAGGGAGAAAGGCGAGUGCAGGAGGGUGCUGGAGGAUCUCAUGAGGGAGAAUGAUCUCAAGACCAAGGAGUGCCACGAGGCCCAGACGUCCCUGCGCGACCUGCAGAUGGAGCUGAUGCGCAAGUCCAUGCACGUCGGCUCUCUCGCAUUUGCGGUGGAAGGGCAAGUGAAGGAGAAGACUCGUUGGCGCCAACUACUGAAAGACCUGAGUGAGAAAUUUAAGGCGUUAAAGACAGAGCACCAGAUCUUACUGAAAGAAUCAGAGGAAUACAAAAAGUGUUUGUCAGAUGCUACACAGAUGACUACAACAAUUCAUCAAUACAUGAGCCAAUAUGCAAGUUUAGAAUCUGAAUUUAAGGACCUGAAAGAGAAGUUCAGCGAGGAAGCAAAGGAACACAAGGAUCUUUAUAACAAGCUUAUAGAGCUCAAAGGUAAUAUAAGAGUGUUUUGCCGCUGUCGGCCACUAAACACGGAAGAAACAGCAGAAGGAGCUUCAAUGGCGAUCGACUUUGAUUCUGCAAAAGAUGGAGAGCUCAUUGUUAGAGGCCAUGUAUCAUCGAAGAAAGUCUUUAAAUUCGAUUCAGUCUUCAACCCUGAAGAAGACCAAGAGAAAGUGUUUGAGAAAACUGCCCCAUUUGCAACUUCGGUGUUGGAUGGAUUCAAUGUUUGUAUCUUUGCUUAUGGGCAAACCGGCACUGGUAAAACAUUUACAAUGGAAGGAACUGAAGGUGCUCGAGGGGUUAACUAUAGAAUUCUGGAUGAGCUCUUUCGAGUAGUCAAGGACAGACAUGACCUCUUCCAAUACGAGAUUACUGUUAGUGCCUUGGAAGUAUACAACGAACAAAUUCAUGAUUUGCUCCUGACAGGGUCCCAACCAAGCACAACAACAAAAAGGCUAGAAGUAAGACAAGUUGCAGAGGGAGUUCAUCAUGUACCAGGACUGGUUGAAGCACGAGUUGCUAACAUGGAUGAGGCCUGGGACGUCCUGCAAACUGGAAGCAAAGCCAGAGUUGUUGGUUCCACAAAUGCUAACGAGCACAGCAGCCGGUCACACUGCAUACAUUGUGUGAUGGUCAAAGGAGAAAACUUGAUGAAUGGAGAGCGCACAAACAGUAAACUGUGGCUCAUUGACCUAGCCGGAAGUGAGCGUGUGGCAAAGACAGAUGCUCAAGGCGAACGACUGAAAGAAGCACAGAAUAUUAACAAGUCCCUAUCUGCACUUGGAGAUGUCAUAUCUGCUCUUGCAACUAAGAGCCAGCAUAUACCCUUCAGGAAUUCAAAGUUAACGCACUUGCUGCAAGACUCACUAAGUGGAGACUCCAAAACUUUGAUGUUUGUUCAAAUUAGCCCCAACGAAAAUGACGUGGGCGAAACUCUCUGCUCGCUGAACUUUGCGAGCAGGGUGAGGGGGAUAGAGCUUGGACAGGCAAGGAAACAAGUUGAUGUUGGAGAGCUGUCAAGAUAUAAGCUUAUGGUUGGGAGAGCCAAACAGGACUGCAAGAGCAAAGAUGCUCAGAUCAAGAGCAUGGAAGAAACAAUCCAAUCCCUUGAAGCCAAGAACAAGGCCAAGGACCUGCUCACUAUGAAUCUCCAAGAUAAGAUCAAAGAGUUGGAAUCACAGCUGCUGGUCGAGAGGAAGAUAGCGAGGCAGCAUGUCGACAACAAGAUCGCCCAAGACGUCGAGCGAAAGCAGCAGCAGCAGCAGCAAAGCCACAAGAUGGAAGAGAACAGCACAUACAUGAGAAGCCCCAUGUCAGAGAGGAACCUCAACACCACCAUGGAGAGACCGCCACUAUCAGCAGCACCCAAAAAGGAUCCCGGGAUGGCGAAACAGCCGUUUUCGGACAGCAACAACAGCGAUACCUACAGCUUCAACCAGCUCAUGUCCCUUGCCGAGGAGAAGGAGAACGCCAACCCAGACGCCGCCGCGAAGGCCAGGCGUGUCUCGCUCUGCAACGGAGGGGCUCGCCAGCCCCGCCGCAGCUCGCUUAUCCCGCUGCCGCGCCGCAACUCGCUGAUGCCGCUCCCCGCCGGCGGCGCCAAGACGCCUGCACCGGCAUUGGCGGCGGCGUCACCCCUUGACAAGAUCAAGGAGUACUCCUCGCCGCCAUUGAGCUCGCCGCCUGUUAUGUCCAACGACAAGGGCGGCAGCAGGAGCAAGAGGAUCAGCAGCAUCCUGCGCCGCAGCCUGCAGAAGAAGGUGGUCAUCCGGCCGCCGCCGUCGGGGCAGGCCGGGAGGAGGGCCGGCGCCGUUGCCGCCGCCGCGGCCGCACAGGGCAUCGACAGCGCUCGCCGGGCGGCGGCGCGGCGCGUGCCGGCGGGCGGCGGUGCGCCGAGGGGCGGCGUGCACCAGAACAGGGACAAGGAGAGAGGCUGGAACCACUGA